AUGGAGAGUUGUAGCUCUCUUCUGUGCUACGAAAAGCUAUUUACUCCAAGUCCUGAACCUUCCUUUUCAGUUCAGUUUGAAGACAGGGAAGAAGAAGAAGAAGUUCGGUGCCAUUGUAGUUUGGAAGAAUUCUCGGUUCUUCGUUACUGGCAUGCCGAAGAAUUUUCUAAUUUCUUUCAGAAUUACUUGCGGAGAGAGCACAAAUAUGCAGCUCUUGAUGGUUAUAUUGAGCGUAUACAGUCUUCUGAUGAGCUAAGUACUGCAAGAUUCAGAGGCUUGCAGUGGAUUUUAUUGGCUGGGCAGAGGCUUGGUCUUACACAUAAAACAACUUUUGCUGCUGUGAAUUAUUUGGAUCGGUUUCUCUCUGCGAGCCGUCCAUCUAGAAAAUGGGAAAUAUGGAUGGUAGAACUUCUAUCAAUAGCUUGUUUGUCCAUUGCUUCCAAGUUUGAAGAAGUCUGCUAUCCCAGCUUUGAUGAAUUUCAGGCGCAGAUGAAGGAACAAAAGUCAGAUCGAAAGUUUGAUCCAAAUGCAAUAAAACAAAUGGAAUUUUUGGUUCUUAAGGUCUUGGAUUGGAAGCUCAAUUGUGUGACUUCAUAUUCAUAUAUAGAGCUUCUUAGCGCUAGUCUCAGUGCUCCAUUAAUGGCGCGUAUAACUGAUCUCCUUAUUCAUACUCUUUGCGAUUCCAAGUUUCUGGAGCACAAUCCGAGCGUGGUAGCAGUGUCUGUGUUGAAAUAUGCUGCUAAAGAAAUUGCUCCGAUGGGAUUGGAUGUUUCCUUUGCAUUUUUUGAAGCUUUAAUUUCUGAUGAAUGCAAGGCAAAAAUUGAUAUUUGUUCUAAGAUAGUCGAGGAUCACAAUAUUGUUUGGGCCGGCAACGCGAGCAGGGUAGCGGGCAGGGCGGGAAAUCGAGCAGGAUAUUUUCCGCCGGCCUUUUUCCGCCGGAAAACCGGCGGAAAAAAUUUGCCGCCGGUAAUAAUUGAUUUUCCUGUAGUGUCCGUCCAGUAUCGAAGGUUUCCGGUAGCUUAA